AUGGCACUUCUGGAUGCACACCUAGAGCAGAUCUCGCUCUGCUCAGCGUCGAUUGCAGAGUUGCCGUUCGCCCCGCCCAAGAUCUUCACCAACGCGUUACUGCAAAACCACGAUAUCACGAGCUUGAUUCGAGACACCGAACUUCACGAACGCGCACUAUUCUCCGUUCCUCCACCACCCGCAGCCCCGAAGCAUGCCGAACCAGCUCCGUCUACCAACAGGCGCAACACCAUCUUCAACCCCAAUGGAGGCGGCAGCACCAGCACAGGCGGCGGCGGUGCGAAUGCCGUAAGAGCACCAAGGCGCAACACGGCUGUAGCAGCAGUUCUCGGCAAUGAGCUAGUAGAGAGAAUACGCCGAGGAGGUGGUGGAGGAGCGGGUUCUGGUCUUGGCUACAGAAUGUACAACGGCAGCAACAAGAAUGAGAUUGACGUGGAGUCUCUGUUAGAAGGAGCCGAGAAGCUUCUUGGGGUCUACCCCAUACCAGGCGUCCACGACAAAAUCGCAGCCAUGCGCCAACGACACGCCCAAGUCUCCGCCUCGCUAGAAUACUACGAAAACCGACUUGCCGAACAACAAGCUCAGCUCGGCAAGCUGAACCGCUCGCGAGGUGACUACGCGGAGGAGGAUAUGGAUGAGCUCGAAGAGGAGCCCGAGCCAGUAGUCGCGCUGACUGAGGAAGACCUUCGGCGAGAGGAAGAGGAGACGCGUCAACUUGAGAAGAAGAAAAAGGAGCUUGAGGAUCGUGUUACUUCCAUGUCGAGAGAUAUAUCUGGUUUGAGGUGA